AUGCUUAAAUACCUUUUGAUCCUACCGUUAUGUAUAGCUAGUGUAUUGGAGGUACUGUCGAAAGAAGAAAUUCUUCGAAAACCGAUUUCGCUCGUUUAUUUCUACGCUCCAGAUUGCCGUUUCUGUACCGAUGUCACCCCUGCUGUUGACUAUUUGUCUAGCAUUUAUAAUCAUAACGUAAAUUUCCAGAUUGUCAAGGUCAAUGGCAGAAAACUGAAACCAUUGGUCCAAUUAUUUGAGGUCGCUUCCUUCCCAACCUUGAAGAUCUACGAUAAUGAUAAGAAGUCAGUGACUACCUAUUCUGGCGACAGACUGAUCGAUCUGAUCGACGAUUUCAUUGCCAAACAUAGUGAUGCGCAGGCAGAUUUGACAAAUGCUAUAACCAGGGUGCACUCACUCACCUCGUUGGAACAGCUAAACGAUCUCGCAGCUGCAAAAGGUGUUGUGAUAGCAUUCAUGGACAGCACCACCCCCGAGUGGAAACAUAUGACCCGGCCGUUCCAUUAUUUCCAGGAGUUGGCCCAACAAAAUCCACACUUGGCUUUUGCCACUGCGGAAUUGAACAAAGUUGACUCGAAAGUAGUGAGGGAAUUCCGUGUGAGUAACUCCCCAUCACUCGUCUUCUAUGAUGGACAAACCGUAGGGGUACUCGGAACAUUUUCCGCAAACGAGGUCGUAGAUGAUGAGCAGACCAUCCGGUUCACGAACCUGUUGACUUCGAAGAGUAUUGGCACCUGGUUCUCGAAUUUGGCCGAGCUUCAAACACAUGCAGAUGAAGCAGAGUAUGUGGAUACCAUUUUAUUGAAACCUGGUAUGAAUGCCAUGGCCCAUUCUGCAAAGGACUUUGAAGAGGACAUAGAGGGUCAGUACGAACAAUUGUUGGGCAAAAUCUCGCUCUGA